UGCAGAUCACCUUCUCUGAAAGUCUGCUCACCAUCAACUCUACUGCAAAGUAACUUUGUGGUAUGCCGUGUGUUGCUAGUGCUCCAAGGACUACGGUGUUCCUCUAGAGUACACUCUUUUAAACAAUCAUUGGAGGAGAUGGGGGCCGAUUGAGCCAAAUCGACUGGUGUUUAGUUUCCUUCUUUUCUUGUAAGACUGGCCAUGAACUUUGAAAGACUAAAUUUGGUCUGAAGCUACAUUCUUCAAAGCCCAAAUAAGAUUCUUGUAAUUUCAAAUCUGGCAACCCCCAUUAUCUGACUACGAACAGCUGAUUUAUGUUUAUGUUCGAAAAUCAACAAAUCAACGUGAUAUUCUAACAAAAAUGGUGCGGAUCAAAAAUCGUUAUGUAGUCGUCAGGAUAGUGCCUGAGAAACCGACGAAUAUAUUAAAAAUUGACGAUGCCGUACUAGCAAAAUCCGUGCUACGCAAUGUGAAAAAAUACUACGGCGACUAUGGACUGGGUACUGUGGAGCAUGGUUUUCGCGUGAAAUACUGUAAUGAACGCACAAAAAUAGCAAUAAUGAGAUGCCUACAUCGAUCACAUCGUACGUUGACUAGUACGUUGCCCUUGAUAACUAUGAUCGGAGAUGUGCGUGCAAAAUUCCAUACGCUCUAUGUCGGUGCUACUAUAAUACAUUGCAACAAGUUCAUAAUAAAUCACCAGCAAAGAUUUUUGGACGAAAUGGUGGGUCAAAUCGCGUCUGCGAAGGAACGCAAGGACUUCAUCAAACGUGUUAUGGAAUUCGAUCUAGAGCAAUAGCAACGUUGCGUUUCAAUAGGAAUUUACAUUUUAUCGUAGAGUAAAUAAAUUUAAUUUUUUAUA